AUGGGGAAAGGAGGUAGUAACAGCGCAAAUGGAAAUAGGAGGGGAACAAAACAUCCUAUCUAUAUAGGUGUGAGAAAGAGAAAGUGGGGUUUGUGGGUGUCAGAAAUCAGAGAGCCGGGGAAGGAGAAGAGAAUAUGGCUCGGCUCAUUUCCCUCACCAGAGAUGGCAGCUCGUGCACAUGAUGCAGCUGCUUUUGCCUUAAGAGGGGAGUCCGCCAAUUUCAAUUUUCCUGACUCGAUUCAAUCCCUUCCCUGCCCUGCAACUUCCUCUGCAACACAUAUUCAGGCUGCUGCUGUCCAAGCUGCAUACUCUUCUUCUCAACAGGCAGAGAAGCAACAAGUACCGCAGCUUUGCUUCAACAAGGACAGUGAUGAUACUGACAAAACCUUUCUUGGUUCAGAAAAUCGGUCUCAAUCCACUGAUUUUGGAGGAACUCAAAGCCAAAACAACGAGAUAGUGGAAUCAUGGUUAGAUUGUCUAAACUUGCUAAUGAACACUGCAGAUGGAGUGACAAUGGGAUCUUCUCUCCAAUUUCAUAAUCCAUUCACUGAAGGAGAAGAAGAAAGUUACCAGUUUACGUCUCUUUGGGAUUUCACCUAG